UCGACAUAAUGUGAAACGUUCGAUUCGUACUGAUCAAGCUAUCUUUUAAUUUUGGUUUUUUUCUCUGAAGAAAAUAAAUUUAGUGAUAUCGAAUUUUAUGUGCGACUGCGUUAACAAAGAAAAAGUUAUCGAAAUUUUGUCGAUUGUGCACACACGCUCUCUCAGCUCAGUCGAAUCAACGCGAAAGAUAUACAAAUAAAAUAAGAAGUGAUUUUGUGACAAAUAAAAUUUGAUUGGAUUUUCGUCGAAAUGUAGAUGCGAUCAACGAUUUAGCUAAUAAAUCAAUUUUUAUUAUGAUCGGAGAAAUUAGCCGACGAUCAAAACCGUUGUACAGUUAUGUGACAAUGGUGCCGAGUAAUGAAAAAAAGUGAAAAUAGUUUAUUUGAAAUAAUAAUAAUAAAAAAGAAACAAACGAGAGCGAAUGCCAGUUUUGGAUAAAUCACCAGCCAAAUUGUGUGACUACGAAAAAAAUAAAAAUAAAACAUAAUGAUGUGUUCAUUCGUUGGGUUUAUUUAGUGUUGUCAUUGCCUAGACGUGAGUGCGCCAAGUGAAACCAAAAAAAUAAAAAUAAAAAUACACAUACACACCAACGACCGAGUAAAAUAACGACGAGACACAACCCGAAAAAAACAAAAUUAUGAGAAUGUCAUGCCAGAAAAAUGCAAUGCAAUUUUCAUGAAUAUUUUUAUUUGACAUACAACAACCAGCAGCUAUAACGUGCGCACAGUGAAUGUGUGUUUAUGGAGAAAGAAACAAAAAAGCGGCAGCCCGAAGAACAAAUAAAAUAAUAAAUGUGCUCAAAAAAUAUACGCAGCACACAGCGCAGUGGUCAUAUUCGUAUGUGUGCCCAUAAUUUCCAUUGGGCAUGGGCACGAGUGCAAAGAAAAACGACCGAAAAAAAAUAAAACAACAAAAUCAUAUUGCGAUUGUGUUUUUGAAACAACAGUGAAAUAAAGGCAACGAAUAAACAGACGACGAUUCAGCAGAAGACGAGGAGAAAAAAAAAUCAAAACAAAACGAUAACAAAGCAGCAAGUGAGUGAGUGAGUGAGUGAGUGUGCGAGAGAAAGAGGCGACAGCGAGAAAUUCAUCUUCAUUAUUAAACAGCGUUAAGUGCGGCCAAAAGGCACUAGGAACCACCGAAUGGCACAGCCGAAGGGAAAAGAAACACAUUCAAUAAAUUACGUGAGCGAACUGAAUUCGCGUCUCCAUACGCCAAGUGAGCCAUUUUUAUGGUGAAAUUGUUGUGCUCAAGUGAAAGCGAAGAACGAAUUUGUAUAUUUAAAGAAAAUAGUAAUAAACGUGAAAAGACGAAAGUAAAAAACAAACGAAGAAAUAAGUAAAAAACAAGCAGAAACAACAACAUCGUUUGCAAGUGAGCGUGUGUGCAGCAUUGUGGUCGUCGCUGAAAGAGAGUUUUACAAUUCCAUUUGCACGGUAUAUAUAUGUAUGUAAAUGAGCAAAUGCUCGGUUCGCAAUUCUAAUUCUGUCCGUAUGUAUGUACGGUACAACGUAGCGGUUUGCAACUAUUUAUGUGUAUGUGACAUAUGCGUUCGCGUUGAGUUUGUAUGCUUUCGCCGCUACGACAAUACUGCUUUUUCGGUUUGGAAUGUUGCGAAAUCAAAAAAGUGACUUCAAUUUAUACGAAUAUAAAUUGUGCCUUUUGACUCGUGUUAAACGAUUAGCUUGACUAUAAGAGACGAUUUACUGGCUCCAUAUUGUUAUUCAUUUUCGGUGUGCGUGUGUGUACCUGUACAUGAGAGAGAGAGAGAGAGAGAGAGAGAUUGAGCCCAUUCCUUCCAAUUUUCAAGCACAAAACAUCCAACAAUAUGCUUCACUUCACAUCAAAAUCAAUGCGUUUCCACUUGGCUACGUCAUGGAUGCACACAAUUGUGAUAUUAAUUGUAGUUUUCAUUUUAAACACUGCUGCAGCCAAGGAAUUUCGAUCCGAUCAAGUUCCUAAUUCACCGCCUGUUGUGUUGGUCGACAAUCAUUGGAAAAUACCCGAGGACGAGAAAAUCGACACGGUGAUAGCUCGUGUACAGGCGAGCGAUAAUGAUCCAAACGAUGUGCUAACAUUCGGUUUGGAACCGAGCGACGGAGCUGAAGAUGAAACACUGCCAUUUCGUAUAAAUCGUGAUACCGGCGUUGUUUAUCUCAAUGAGAGUUUGGAGGGUCGUGGUGGCGAAAACUUUUUGCUCUAUGUCACCGUUACCGACGGUACAUACCAUGCAAAAAAUGGUGUAUUCGUCAAUAUCAAGUCGAAAAAUGGUCCAACAACUAAUGGAAAUGGUGCGCCGUCAUUUAUGUCGCAUGUGAAAAAUGCAACGCAUUUGCUGCCACCGUUUUAUUCAUUGCCAGGCGUUCCAACUCGGCCACCAUAUCCACCGUUUGCACUGCCACCGAUUUAUAACACACCAAAAUCAAAUGGAAACAACAACAACAAUGCCACAACUACAUCGACCACCAUCGCCAAUGAAAUACCAACAACCACCGAUGAAAAUCCAAGCAACAAUGCAACACACACCGCUAACGGCACUGCGAUGGUGAAUGGUGCGACCACGAAUAGCACGUCAGAGACGACAAUCUUUCCACGAUCCGCAUUGAAAACCGUUUUGCCAAUUGCAAUCAUCGCAUGCGGCAUUAUAAUUGCAUCGGGUCUAAUUGUAUCGUCGUUUCUAUUUCGAAAGCGCUUAUGUGCAAUUGGUAAAUCACUGAAAAAUAAAAGCAAAGAAGAAAUGGCCAAAAAAUCAAACCAAAGCAAUUUAAGUAAUACGAGUACGGUUAUGAUGUCGUCGAUAUCGGAAGACAGUCGCAAUUCAAUGGUAAUGCAGCAUUGGAAUGGUCCAACAGCGUUUAAUAAUCGAUAUGUCCCCUGGGAGCGAGAAAAUUCACACAUGCAGGCAACAUCGCAGCUAUCAACAAGUAGUUCGAAUUCACAGGGAAAAUCAGAUGGAUGGGAUUUCCCAAGGCAUCGAUUAAAGUUUUUCAAUAUUUUGGGAGAAGGAGCAUUCGGACAAGUUUGGCGCUGUGAAGCAAUCGACAUUAACGGUAAUGAAGUCCUUGGAACCACAUGUCAAUGUUGUCCGUUUGUUGGGCUGUUGCAGUGAAAAAGAGCCGAUUUUCGUGAUUUUGGAAUACGUGAAUCGCGGCAAAUUGCAAACAUAUUUACGGAAUUCACGAGCUGAACGGCAUUACGGUAAUACACAUGGAAAAUCAAAUAUUUUAACAUCAGGUGAUCUAACAUCGUUCAUGUACCAAGUGGCGAGAGGCAUGGAUUACUUAUCAUCACGAGGCAUAAUUCAUCGUGAUUUGGCCGCUCGCAAUGUAUUGAUAACUGAUGAUCAUACAUGUAAAAUAGCUGAUUUUGGUUUUGCACGUGAUGUGAUUACGUCGAAAAUCUAUGAGCGUAAAAGCGAAGGCAAAUUACCGAUAAGGUGGAUGGCAAUCGAGUCGCUUUAUGAUAAUAUUUUCUCCGUCAAGUCAGAUAUUUGGAGUUUUGGUAUUCUGAUGUGGGAGAUUGUCACUCUAGGUUCAACCCCGUAUCCCGGCACAGCUGCAGCAGAAGUCAUGCGAAAGGUACGUGAUGGUUAUCGACUGGAAAAACCAGAACAUUGUCGUCGUGAACUGUACAACAUUAUGUACUAUUGUUGGGCAAAGGAUCCACAGGAUCGACCGUCAUUCUCUGAACUAGUGAAAUUGCUCGAUAAAUUAUUGCUCACCGAAAUGGAUUACAUUCAAUUGGAGCACUUCCCCGAUCACAAUUACUACAAUAUGCUGAGUCUAAGCGGAGAAAAGUUGUGAACGACCACCCGACAACGAUAAUGCCGCCAGCAACACACCACGGUGGUGUUGGUGAACACAAGAAGAGAAAGAGAGAGAGAGAGAGAGAGAGAGAGAGAGAGAGAGA